UAUUUUCACUGUACAGUUAGUUCUUUUGAAGCGUUGCUCUAAGGAGUAUUCAGCGGGCAUCAUGGCGAAUAUGGAGUUGGAUGAUUUCGGGCCCUCACGCAGGUUUUCACUACUGCAGUUGCGAAUUAAAGUCUCGGGAACCCAGCUGCCAUCAGAGCAGUGGGGAUAAUUCUGGACAUGGCGUUUUGUUUUUCGUUUUCCCGUCUUUUUGCUUUCUGCCUACCUACCUACCUACCUGCCCACUAACGACUUACGACCGGAUGGAUAUUGUGACUUUUUGAACUUUGCGCCGUUUCAAUCUUGUACACUGGUUUGUUAAUACUAUUCGAAGCAGCAACUGUA